AUGAAACGGCUGAAGGAGGAGGAGGAACACGGACCCAAGGAGAUUUGGGAGACCUCCACCGGUUCAGCCCAAGGCAGUGAAGACGAAAAAGAAGACACCAAAAUGCAAAACGACCAGUCAUCAGUUAACCAGCCAACAAAGUCACCACAAGAGAAAAAACAACACGGAAACAAGAAAGCCGGCAAAUCGAGGAAGGAGGAAGAAGAGGAGGAGGACGAUAUAUUGCCUGGCGAUGUAGACGCAGACGAGAAAAAGGCCUGGCGGCGGACCUCGGUUAGUCAGCGUCGUCGCCUGCGACGCUACCAACUGAACCGCCUAAAGUACUUCUACGCAAUUGCCGAGUUUGACUCGGCGGAGACGGCGGCCGCGGUCUACGAGGCCUGUGACGGUGUUGAGUACGGCAGCACAGGCAUUCGGUUCGAUCUGCGUUUCGUUGACGACAGUGAAACAUUUUCGACCCCCGCGGUGCAUUCGACACGAAUCACUCUGACCUGGGACAAAACGCCCGCAGCUCGCACCGAGUGGCUUCGGGAGCAAUUCGAGACAUCAGCUGACCCCAAGACAACCCUUACUCAGCGCAAGGAUGAGGUAAAGCUUAUAUACCAUUGA